AUGUCCGAACCUAUGGCUUUUGGUUUUCCAGCUAAGCUUUUUUUACCUUGGGAACUGGAAGGAAACGUUCCUAAGCUUUGUUUUUGGAUUCAAAACAAAGAAAUUGUCGAUAUCCUCAAGAGCAAAUUUGCUUUAAUUAAUUUUUCCGAAGAAUUUGGAGUUAAAAAGCCAAAUUUUUAUCAUGAAUAUAAUAAAGACUAUGUACCUUUUAUGAUUUCAUACAAAAAAGAUGGCGUUAUAACUAUCCUUGCAGCUACAUUUGUUUAUGGGAAAAAAUUAUAUUCAUAUAAAGGUGAAGUAUUUGUUCAAUUCUACAUUAAGACAGACCUCCCUUUCUUAGAAGUAUUGCAUAGACUUACAGGAUAUUCAAAUAAAGAUCUUGAUCUCAAUGAAAUUCGAUUUGAAGAACCACAUCCUGUUAAAAAUGAAGAAAGACUAAGGAAUGCAUUUUAUGAUUGGCAUCCAUUCGUAUAUUUCCGUAUCUUCGCUUCAAAGAUCCAUCCUGAUAAAGAUACUUCUAUAUUCCUUGUCUGUUCAAAAUUUAAUGUUGAACAUUACCGUCUUACUAAAUUAUGUUUCCAAUACAAUUCAGAUAAUUCUAAUCCUGACUAUAUACAGCUUGAUAUAGAUGACGCAUUCAAGUACGAAUGGGAAAAAAAGAAUAAUCCGAACCAAGAAAACAGACAAUGGCUAAUUACCAGGUAUUUUAAGGAGAUUUCUUCAAAAGUCUAUGCAUUCUUCAAUGGAUAUAGCACCAUUGAAAACCAACCCGCAACUCCAGCACAACUAUCCUCUGAAGAAAAUCAUUAA